CUACAUGAACUUCAAAUCAAACACAUUUUCCAUGGCAACGUAUAACUACGGAACUGCUGUCUGUUUGUUUCGAUUAAACACGGUUUUUGUUUGUUCUUCAUUUAUAGUUCAGUUUGCCAACAAGACACCUGGUUGAAUAAAAUCAUGUCGAAUAACACAUUCAAUGUUUUGUGGAAGACCACCCAAAAAGAACUCGAAGAGUUAGCCGCUAAAGAUUACGAGAAUCAAGCACUUGAACCGGAUUUCAACAGAUCGACUGUGCAUAAAACCGUAUUUGAACUCUACGUUAAGUAUAUAACAAUAGCAAAUCGAUUGGAGCAGAUAUACGAUGAAAUGGUGCAACCGCAAAAGCGAAUUUUAAUUAAGAAAUUGUUGGACUCUUGUUUGGGACGUGUAAUUGAAAUAAAACAUGAUUUGGUCGGAAUUGAUAUGUUUGAAUUUAAUUACAACGAUUCUGUAAUGAGUGCAUUGAAUUUAACGCCGAUAGAUAUUGAGCUGAGGAUUCCAAAGUAUUUUCGAAGGGAGAGAGAAACAGAAAUUAAUGAGCGUCGACGAUUUAUCGAUAGUUUGUUGAAAAAGUUUGGUUGGUUGGAGGAAGAAUUUGUUGAAGAAAAGUUGACAGAGCUAGAAGCAAUUAAGAUAAUUCAAAUGCAUGAACGAGCUAGGCAGGGUCGUUUGCGAGCUCAAUUCAUGAAAGAAAUUCGAAUGCUCAAGGAGAAAGGAAAGCCUGACGGUGUUAAAGAAAAAACUGAUGGAUUGUUAGCGGCAAUGAAAAUUCAAAAAUUAUGGCGAGGAUUUGCUACAAGACGAAAAACGCGUCGAAGGAAAUUGGAAGAAAUGUAUUUGAUUGGCAUGAUUCCCAGACCGAACGACAAAAAAAAUGUGCCGAAUGAGGAAACAGAAAAUGUGAGACCACCUUACAUUGAUUUUAUUCUUUAAAAACAUGACCAAUAUCAUGCCACACAAUAGGCCCUGAAAUCGCGGUACGAAGUUCAAGAAGAAUUUCAAAAAGCUUACACCGAGACGGUAAAAACUAUGCGAGAAGACAUAUCUACGAAGCAGACCGUACCACUCACCGAGGAAAUAACGGAUGAAAUUAGAGUAUGGUUUCGUGACUACUUUACACGCACAGGAAAGUUUCCCGAUUUUCCAUCUGAAGACAAUGGAGGCUCUAGGCAUUUGCUGAGCAGACAAGCGACUGAAAGCGAUAUUAGUCGUUCAUCGGCUGUUUCAUCGAGAGACUCAAAGAAGACAAAGGAUAAACCAAAGACUCCAACCAAGUCUGGUGAUUUGAAUGUGGAAGAGAGUUUUGACAACGGAUUCAAAACGUCCCAGUCAAUCUUUCUGCCAGAUAUAAAAACGGGAAUUGAUGAAUAUAAUGAGGUUUGGCGUGAAAAAGAUGAAAGUACGAAUGCGAAGCAGACAUAUUAUGCUGACAUGUUAUAUGCGGAGAAAUUCAACGAAAUUGAAUCCGAACUACGAAAAGUUAUCGAUGAGAUGAUGCGUCAAGAAUUGGAAAUGCUUCAAGCAGCGUUAGACAAAGAUCGAGCACAAAAAGGUAAGAAAUCUAAGAAAGCUAGUAAGAAAACUCGUCGCAGCGGCAAGAAAAGCAAGAAGAAAAAAGAAAAGGACUUGACUCCUGACCGAACUACUGAAUCUUUGUUUGAAGAGCUCGUUGCUAAUGGUAUCAUCAAGAAAUAUCCAGAAAUAAGUUUGAAUUCAUUUUUGGGAGAUCGUUCCUUAUGUAGAUCUGGCAUCAAUCCUACUCCUGGCGACAUUCGUCAAGUAAUGACUGAGUAUUGUAUUUUGCCACUAGGCUCAGAUACGAUCCGAAAUUUUGCACCAUGCAUUCGUUCGAUUCUCAUCGCAGGUCCGAAGGGUUCAGGAAAGAAGUCAUUGGUCUAUGCUAUGUGCAAUGAAGUGGGUGGAAUUUUAUUUGAUUUAACUCCAGCCAACAUAGUCGGAAAAUAUCCUGGCAAAUCGGGUCUGAUAAUGUUAAUGCAUCUCGUCACAAAAGUGUCUCGAUUGCUACAACCAUCGGUGAUAUUUAUGGACGAUGCCGAGAAACCUUUUAUGAAGAAAGUACCGAAGGGGGAUAGAACCGAUCCGAAGCGAUUGAAAAAAGAUCUACCAAAACUGAUCAAAAAUAUUGCUGCCGAGGACAAAGUUAUAUUUAUCGGCACUUCGUCAGCGCCGUGGGAAGCUGAUCAAAAACUGUUUCAACAAACUUACAAUCGUUUCAUUUAUAUUCCGAGACCAGACUAUGGUACUUUAUCGUUUGUGUGGAAGGAGUUGUUAGGGCAAUACAGCGGUAUACACAGUCAAUUUGAUGCUGGAGCCAUCGCAAAAGUGUCAGAUGGAUACACGAUUGGUUCGGUUGUAGGUUGCAUCAAAGAUGUUUUGACUUGUAAACGGAAUUUACAGUUAAGAGUGCAGCCGUUAACUCACUUGGAACUCAUCAAUGCACUAAGCAGUAGGGAUCCGGUAUACAAAGAGGAAGAGGAAGCAUUUACAAAUUGGUGGAGUAAAACUCCAUUAGGUCGUAGGAAGCAAAGAGCAAUUGAAAUGGAAAUUGAGGUUCAACAGGAAAAGGAACUUGGGAAAAAGGAUAAGAAGAAAGGAGGAAAAUAACAGUUUUUUUUGUACUAAAUAAAAGAUGAGAAAUAAAUAUUCACUCGUCUACGUCUAACAAUACGAGUUACAAUUCAUCAUUAUGUGACUGACUUCAAUUAUUUAUUUUACUGUUUCCUCAGUGACUCUAUCGCACAAAACAAACAAAAAAGUGCUGACUGUUUUCAUAACAUGAAAAGAUAAUUAAUUGAAUGUUAGCAGAACAGAAAUAUGUGCUUUCGGGUCUUAAACGUAUACACAAAUUUUUGACCCGUUACAUCACGUCUUAUAAUUAUUAUUUUUUUCUUCUAUUAAUUCUCUGUCUUUUAAGAAUCACACUUUACUGAACACUCUGACUGAACAAUGAAUUAACCUUUUCAACACAAAUUUGGUUCCAUAAUGUAUAGAAGAACGUGGUCGAAAAUCAAACAAUUUGAUUAAUGAUCGUGAAAUGUAUUCUCUUUUUAUAAAGAUGAUAGUUGGUAGUAACAUGAUGUGACCUUAACAAAUAUUUCAAUAAAAUCGACAGACGCACAAAUACGCAUAUUUUAUAGAGUUGAAUAAUAUACACACAAAGACGAAGUCAUUUUAAAGUAGCUGAGAUUUAUGGGUAAAAUGGGAUAGGUAGAUUCGAA